AGAGAAAACAGCUCUGUGUUACUGUCGCCCACUAAAACAAUAAUAAUAAUAUAUAAAAAAAGAACCGGCCUCUCUCCGAGCGGAAUUUAGUCAAUUAAAUCUAAGUAAAAGACUAAAACAGAUCUACGGCAUCAGUAUCCACAGCACUUCACUUUGAACAAGUAACAGAGUGUAAUUUGCAGCCUUCCACCAUGACAACAAAUAAUGGUUACCCAAUUGACAUCCAACCACAGAAAAAUGCAAUUAAUCCUGCCCCUCCUUUUAACCAGGGACCAGCCAUACCAGGCCAAGGUCAAGUGCCUGUGAUGCCAGUUCCACAAAGACCCGCUGGCUGCCCACCAGGACUGGAGUACCUGACCCAGAUCGAUCAACUUCUUGUACAGCAGAAAGUUGAGCUGGCAGAAGUUAUAUUGGGCUGGGAGACCAAUAAUAAGUACAUAGUGAAGAACAGUAUGGGGCAACAGGUGUUCUUUGUGGCUGAGGAAAACGACUGCUGUAAUAGACAGUUCUGUGGACCGCUGCGUUCAUUCGUCCUCCAUGUUCAGGAUAACGUGGGACAGGAAGUGAUGACACUCACUCGUCCUUUGAAGUGUGGAAGCUGCUGUUGUCCCUGUUGCCUGCAAGAGCUCGAAAUCCAGUCUCCACCGGGCAACCCGAUUGGAUAUGUGAUCCAGAAUUGGCAUCCUUUCCUUCCCAAGUAUACCAUACUGAAUGAGGAGAAAGAAGCAGUUCUGAAGAUUGUGGGGCCGCUCUGUUCAUGCAGAUGUUGCGCUGAUGUGAACUUUGAUGUAUGA